ACAACACAAUCACGGUUUUGCAAAAAUUUAUUUAAAACUGUUGAUAGAUAUAAAUGGUGGAUAAAGUCAAUAAAACUGAAUAAUUUUUGGCAAUUUUACAAAUUACUUCAAAAAUCUAUAGUGUUCAUUAUUAUAAAUUUGACAUACUAACAACAAAUUGAAGUAAUUAAUAAGUGCAAUUAGCAAAAAGGAAAACAAAGUACAUAGAAAAAAGAAAAAAAAAAUAAUGGCACAGCACGUGUUAAGUCCCGCCACCGUUGAGCGGCGAUUGCGCCCUAUUUAUGACAAUUUGGAAGUUGGCAAUAAUCGCAAAGCUUUACAAGAAUGUGAAAAAGUAUUAAAGAAACAUCCACAUCUGUUAUGUGCGCGAGCACUAAAAGGUUUAGCGUUGCUCCGGCUGGGACGUGUAGAGGAAAGUGAUAUAUUUCUGACUGCAGUAGCUAAUGAGCGACCAUCAGAUGAUUCAACGUUGCAGGUUCUAUCGUUUUGCUAUAAAGAAUUGGAGCAACUGGAUAAAAUAGUUGAACUAUAUAAUCUGGCUGUACAGCAGUGUCCUGGCAAUGAAGAACUGCUGGCUCAUCUUUUUAUAUCACAUGUGCGUAUUGAAGAUUUUAAAGCCCAACAAUCGGUAGCACUGCAGUUAUAUAAAGCUGUGCCCAAAAAUGCAUACUACUUUUGGGCGGUAAUGAGCGUUGUGUUGCAGGGUAUACGAGGUCCAGAAAAAAAUGUACCAGAAAAGCGGAAACUCUGUUUAUCACUUGCCCAACGCAUGGUUGACAAAAUUAUUAACGAAAAUAAACUGGAGUCUGAGCAAGAAGUAUUCCUUUAUUUUCAUAUAUUAAAACUGCAGAAUGACAAUAAAGCUGCCUUAACAUUUCUUAAUGGGCCAAUUUGUGAAAAGUACUAUCCCGGUAUACCCAUAUCGUUUAAAAUUGAAUUAUUACAAAGUUUAUGCAUGUGGGAGGAAAUUAAUCCACUUUUAAAAGAUUUACUUAAAGAAGAACCGGAUCGGUGGGAUUAUUAUAAAGAUUAUUUAACGAGUUGCUUUGAACUGUACAAAAUUGAAAAAGAAAAGUCAAAAAGUGAGGAGGAAUGUAUGCAAGUCCUUGAAGAUUGUCAUGAAUUUAUUUGCAUGCUCAUUGAAUCGAACACAAAAAAAGUUCGUGGCUCAUAUUUGGCAAGAUUGGAACUUCAUAAACGUAUGCGAGCACAAAAUCUUAAUACCAAAGAUUUAUUAGGAAACUUCUGUGACCAAGUUUUGGAGUAUUUUCGUUUGUUUGGUAAUAAAUCUUGUUGCACACAUGAUGUAGCGCUCUUUUUAGAGUCUAUUAGCAUGGAAGAACGACAAAGUUUGGCCAGUAAAUUGUUAUUAGAAAGUGGUAUUAGUUCAACAACGCUCCCACAAAAUAAAGAUCAAAUGCAAAAACAUAUUUGUGCUUUACAAAUUUCACGUAUGUGUGGUUCUCAUAUUGACUUGAAAGUAGAGCAUUUACUUGCCUUUUACACAGCUUUAAAGUUACAUUACGAACAUGGCUUGAGUUCAUUCGGCAAAGGUUUACUAAGUACAGAUAUCGGACCCUCAGAUCCGUAUGCCUUAUUGGCCGCCAAUGUUAUGUAUGACAUCAGCUUACAAGAACAAAAAUCAGAUCAUCUCUUUGAAGCCCUCUGCUUACUACAAUAUGUGCUUCGUAAUAGCACAAGCAACUUCCAUGUGAAAUUAUUAAGUCUGAAAAUUUAUCAUAUGUUCGGGUGUUUACUGGGUGCGCAGGAAAUGUAUGAUUAUUUGGAUAUCAAACAUAUACAACUAGACUCAAUGGGAUAUGUGCAUUGCAAUUUAUUGCCACUAUGUGGACGCGUAUCAAUGGGACGUACAGUAUUCGACGCAACGUUAAAAUUUUUCACUUACAGUUAUAAGGAACGGCUCGAAUAUAUUUCUUAUGCCUAUCGUUUCUGCUCAUUUUCAAAGCUAGAAGAAUUUAUGAACUUCAAGGAACGCCUAUCUAACAGUUUGAUGUAUGUAAGCACUGCCGUCGAGGCGCAGUUAUGUGAUUUGGUGUCCUUUUACGGUAGCGUGCAACAAAACUUGACAGCAUACAAUGCAAUGAGCAUAGACCCAUCUGAUGAUCGUAUAUCGUGGCAUGAAUUGAGCGAUAAUCGUGAUUUAACAGCAAUUUUACGUUGGGAUCCUGUACAUUUAGUUAAUGUUGAAGAAGAGCGAAAGUCUUCCUUUGAACAAGAAGUGGAUUUAUUGCAUAUAAGAUCGUUAAUAUUACGCUUAGUUAGUUCAUUUGUAGAUUUGUUCCAUCCUGCACCAGAAGCGAAAUUGUCUGCUAAGAAACCAACAGUUAAUAUAAAUGCAAAUAAAAACGAAAUUAAUAAAGAAAAAUUAAAGGAAAUAGAUGUAGUGGAAUCGCUGCGGGACAGUUGGAAGACACUUUUUGAAAAUUUGCGUAGUAAAAAGCAUAAACCUCUAUCGAAUCGAUUUAUAGCAGAUCUAUUGCCAACGCGUUUACAUUUAAUGCUACAGAUGCCAUAUGAAGCAUUUUUCACAAAUUUGGCAGAUUUUGUUAUAAAUUUGUAUAAAGUUGACAAAUCUUUAAGUGAGAAAUCAAAAGCAGUAAACGAUAAUGUAACUAGAAUAGUAGCAAUACUCAAGGAUACCAUAGAGGAGAGCAAUAUGACUAGAGGCGAUGGUCUUUGGCGGCGUAGAGAAUGGCAAAAUAAAAUAGCAGCGUGUAUGGAAUUAUUGUCAUUGUAUGUUUUUGUGUUAUCGGUGUUUAAUGAGAAAUUUCAGCCUCCAUUGAAAUCUUCAAAAUCUAAAAAGAAAACAGAAAAUUUAACAGAUUUACAAAUGAGUGAAAAGGAACGCAGUCAAUUAUUACAAGAUAUGCAAAGACAUGUGCGACAGAAACUUGAAGUUUGCGAUUAUACCAUACAAUAUUGGGAACCUCCAACACUGCCCCGUGACUUAAGUUCAUUUAUGGCCGAUUUAUCACUAAAGCCUGAAUUCGAAACAACACUCAUUAGCGAUGUUGCGUCAAUAUUUAAAGAAUCGCAUGAGCUCAUGGUGAAUGAGUUCCUCAACUUGAUUAAAGAUAAAAUAUUUUGUUGUUCAAACGUCAUAGACAAAACAAAUGCAAAAAAAUAAAUAAAUAAAUAUUUAUUUAUGAAAACAACAAAUUAUUUUGCUACGUGGGGGAUAAUAUUUUUCUAAAGAAUCAUGUUGAAAACAUUUGAUUAAUACCAAAAUUUCUGAUAGUAAAUAAAUUUGGCUUGUCUUAUAAAAUUCUUAAAUGUAUUUUUAAA